AUUUUUUACUUCAUAGUGACUUGCAUUGAAAAAUGGCGACGUCAGGUAUGUUUGGAAAUGGAAAUCCUGGUGCUCUUUGGACUGGUGGUCCGGUACCGGGACAACUACAUAAUUUUCCAGGUGUACAAAAUGGUGCUACGAAGGGAUCUUCACAACGGACCUUGUAAGUUAUAGUCCAGUUUCUUGUUAUAACAAUACUAAUCAUAGUUCUUAUUGUGUUGAUUUAUUAUUUUGUUACCUAUUAUCGAUACGGAAUUAAUCACAUUAUAACAGCUUAUAAAAAAUUAAUCCAAUAUUAAAUAUUGAUGGAAACAGGAGACAAAUUCUUGAAUUAGCAUUUGCUACCUACCUUGCUAUGUCAUCAUUGGUGAGAGAAUGUUUCUUUCUAGUAAUUAUUUGUAAUUUUAAGACACGAGUGACAAGAGUAAGUGUAAGAGCACUCCAUUAUUAAUAAAUGCACCCUGGUUAAGCUGAAAUACCCUUAUUUUUUUUCUACAUUCAACUAUUUAAAUCAGAAACCCAGUGGUGAUGGGAUCCUCUGUUCUGGGGAUCCAAUUCAAUGGAGGUGUUGUCAUUGCUGCUGAUAUGCUCGGCUCAUAUGGCUCUCUUUCAAAGUACCGUGACUGUCCCAGACUUCUCAAGGUUAAUGAUUCAACAGUCAUUGGAGCAUCUGGAGAUUAUGCAGACUUCCAGUAUCUAUCUAAUGUCAUACAACAACAAGUGUAAGCAUUCUAAUUUGUUUCUUUUAGUUAAGUUUUGUUGCUUUUCAAGUAAUAAGUAGUAUUAGCAAGACUUCAUAAUAAUACUUCAAAUUACAUUAUCUAUAGACCUAAAUAAUAUAGCAGAGUGAAAUAGAUCUUCCAAAAAUAUGUCAGAUAUCACAAAUAUUUUAAUAUUAUUUCACUCAAAAGUUUGAGUCAUACAAUUUUGUAUAGUAUUUAUACUGGGUAGUGUAUAAGUGUGGAACCUAAAAUAAUAUUUCUGUUAAUGUAGGAUUCAUGCAUCUGUAUCCUGCAACAUGUGUUGAUUUAAUCCCUUGCUCUUAUGUUGGAAAUAAGACUGUUCUUCCAAAAACAUUUGUCCUCUUGGCUAUAAAAAUAGAGAAGCGUUUAUGCGCAGUCGGCUGCGCAUAACCCUGAGAGUUAUUCCCAGCUGAGGAUUUGGGGAGGGGGGGGGCAACUCACAUGAGGAUAUAAAUGUAAAAUAAAAAUAAACAUUCAAUAAAGUUAAACUUCGAUGAAUUCAAUUUAUUGAUAUACAAAAAAACAAAAUCAUUCAAAAUCAAUAAAAAAAUUUAAAACAUUAUGAAAUAAAUUAUAAAUAUACACAGAGAUGGCUAAAUUAUCAUUGCUGAGAGAUAGAUAGUAUAAAUUAUUUAAUAUAAUUCAACAUAAUCGUUUGCAUAGUUUUUUGCAGAGAAUUUUUUUAUUAUUGGUUUAAAGUCAAUGUUAUUUUCCAUGCACAUAAGGGAAAUCCAGUUCAAACGUUUUUGUCCCAUUGUACUGCGAAGCUGAUUCUUACCUUAUUCUAUCGAUUCAUAUCUGUGGAAAAUUAAAAUUUGUUGACGAGAGUUAUUCCCCUUUAAAAGAUUUUAAAUUGUCCAACUUUGAUUCACAUUUAUGAUAUUAAUUUUGGAAUGUGCUGAUAUAAUCGUGGUUAAAUUGGGAAUUUAAAUCCAAUUAAAUUGACAAAAUCUUUCGAUAUAUUAAAAAUUUGUAACGUGUGAUACCUCAAUAAGAGUGAGUCUCCGAGAAACUGGGGGCCCCCAAUAAGCUCUGGGCCCAUGCCUUAAGAAGGCACUGGCUACCAGUACACUAUAGUUAUUUUAAAAAUAAAAACUAUCAAGUUCUUUAGCGGGUAAUCUGAAUAAAAUGCUUUCUGGUGAUUUGAUUGUUGUGGCACAUUAUUUGAAAUAUCUGUAGAGACAUUUUCUACUCAUACUUCAUUGUGAUUAUUGGUUUAUUCCAAUUUGCAUUAUUCCCGUUCAUUACCUUAAAAUUGAAUACAAAUUUUGUUGAGUUGUAUAUAUAUGGGACCAGUUAAUUCAUACUAUUACUAUUAACGUAUACAAGUGUCAAAUUUUGUAUUGAUUUUUAUCCAUUUAUUAAAUUAAUAUACUUUGAUUUUGUUAAAUUAUCCCAAGAAAGUUUUAAACUGGAAUAUGUUUUAUUGUUAUAGCACCACUUUAUUUAUUUUCUAGCAUUGAUGAAGAAUGUCUGAAUGAUGGAUUUGGUUACACACCAAAGAGCUUGCAUUGUUGGCUUACAAGGGUCCUUUACAAUCGAAGAAGCCAAUUUAAUCCACUGUGGAACACCUACAUAGUAGCAGGAUUAGAUGAAGACAAACCGUAAGUGGACCAAAGAUUUACUGAUUAUUAUUGCGUAAAAAGAUAUUUAAUUCUAAAUAAUAUACUCAUUAAUCUUGUUUGCGUUAUAAUGGAUCCUUACCAGUUUCUUUUCUUCUUUGAUUUCCCUUCAGAUAUCUGGGAUAUGUUGACAAGAUUGGCAUGGCUUAUGAAGCUCCUUCACUGGCUAGUGGCUUUGGUGCAUAUCUAGCGUUGGUAAGUCUAUUUCCUCCCAUAAAAUGUAUGCUAUGUUUUAAAGGAAACUUAAUUGUAUGACAUACAACCUUGAUUGUCUCACAGUUUUCGUUCUUUAUUCAUAUUUAUGGGGUUCUAGAUGAUUCGAUUUCUUUCUUUCCCCAGCCAAUCAUUAGAGAUGCCUUGGAGAAAAAACCUGAUAUGGCAUUGGAGGAUGCAUUGAGACUGAUUGACAGGUGUAUGAAACUCUUGUUUUACAGAGAUGCAAGGGCCCUCAACAAGGUGAGUGAUCAAAUCUAGGUAUAAGUGGUAACAACAUGCUCAUUCCUCAAUAUUAUAAACUCUCUAGUUAGGUUAAUGUUAAUGCUACAGCUGUUCGGAUAAGGGAUAGGGUACUUUAUUAGCUGGAAUAAGGGUAUGCGUCUCCUUCAUUAGCUGGGAUACGGGUUAGAGUCUACUUCAUUAUCUGCAGUGUGUGUUAAUGUUUAAAUAAUAUAAAGUGUCAUUAAAUUUGAAUAACUGUGGCAUGAUUUCAGACCUGUUUACUCUUACGAUUUUGACGUACAAUGUAUGAUUUUGAGGUGUAUACAUUAUAUAUAUUGUAUGUUUAUUUUUUUACUAUUAGGAUAAGGUAUUGAACGAUUUUGUGAUGAUAUUGUAAGAUUUUAAUAGUUUGGGAGUAAACAAGUCUGUGGCAUAUUCACUUAUUUUAUCAAGUUACUGUACUCUUCCUGUUGUAGUAAGACAACCAUGAAGACUUAUAACUGAUAUUGGCUUGACUAAGUACAAAUUUUUUUAAAACAGAACGAAUAAAUUGCUUUGUGUUUCUGAUAUGGUGCUGAUCUCUUUUGAUCUCCUCUAGUACCAAGUAGCAGUCAUCACAAAAGCUGGUGUAGAUCUCAGGGGACCAAUUGUGUCAGAUACUAACUGGGAAGUAGCACACAUGAUCAAGUGAGUUAUUUUAAGAAUCGUUUUCACAUAAUUUUUACAGAAUUGCCGCGAAAUGUGUUGUUUUUUUAAUAAACUUAUUCUCUACUGUUGCGACUAAUAAAUGCAUCAUUCAAGGGAAGGGUAAUGAUGGUUGUAUCCUGACACCACAUCGUUAUUUUAAAAGAGAAUCAAAACCAAAAAUCUCCCCAAAAUUAUGCAGAGGUGUGAAAAUAAAGAAAAUCUUAAAUUUUUAUCUUGUUUAGUAUUUAAUGUAUAUGCGUUUUAGUAUGGUCCUUCUUAUAUCUACCACAUGUUGUGCCAAAAAUUGAUUUUGUUUGGUCAAUGCAUGUCAUGUUAUUUUUUGGUCAUUAAUGUUAUAUGUUUUUUAAACUUAAUCCAUUUCUGGAUUCAUUUGUAUUUAGUUUGUUUAAAAUUAAUAUUUAGCAGCUUAAAUUUUUUUAACAAGUAGAUCAAUUGAAAGCCUAUUUAAAAAAAGCAAAGGUAAUAAAUAAUUGAAAAAUCAGAGUUUCUUCCCUUGUGUUCCGGCUUAAGGAUUAAGUAUGGAAAUGGAGAGAAUUAUGUUACAAAACCAAACACUUUUUUUUUUCAAAGAUAUUUAUCUGCCCAGUCAAUAUAUUUCAUCCUAAUUAUGAUUGUCAUCAUUAAAUAAUUGCUACUCUCACUAUUUUAGUCUCUUGCUCUUAUAUAAUGGAAAUACUUGCAAAUCAUAGUAGUCUAUUCUUACAUUAAUCUUAGAAUUACAUACUGGGUUAGUGAUAUUCUUAAUUAUAUGUUGAGAUUAAAUAUUGGCUUUUUUGAUACAGUAAUGUCAAACCAACCAUACACAAUUUUAUUGUACUUGCAUUUGCAUUCAUAUGUACCAUUUUUUUUUACUAUCUAUUAAUCUGUGAUCACUCACUGUACAGUCGGGGGUAUGUUUUGUACUUUUCCUGGUAGUUGUUUCUAUGUUGUUGGUGAGGGUUUUAAGAUUUAAUAUAACAUGAGUAUAACAUAUAUUUAUUGUGACCUUUUACUUUCAACUGUAAAAUGUAGUUUACUCAUUUCAUUAAUUUUAAACAUAUGUCUUUCAUUUUUAUCUUAAAAUAAACCAAGGAAUGAAUCAGUUUAUUUUUUCAGUAGUGCAUCUCAUAUUUUCCAAUCAAUAUAUUAUAUUGGUGCAAACAACAGCUAAAAUUCCUGGCCAUUACCCUGUCUAAUAACUGCACUAUUCUAAUGUAGCAUCCUUUUAAUUUAUCAAUCAUAAAUCAUACCAAAUCAGUAUUUCCAUUUAUUUUUAAUGCCCAUUAUUUUAUUUAUUUUUCACAUAAUUUUUUUUUUUUUUUUCUUUGCAUUUAAAGCUUUUGAGGCCUUUUUUUCUUAUUUGUCUGGGCCAUAAUGGCAGUUGGCUUAAGUGUUAAAUAUUAUAUAUUUUCCACUUUAGUUCUUAUUAACGCAAAUAGCACACGGGAACACCAAUUUUGAAAGGAGUUACCUUAGAAUGAAAAGUCAGUUGUUUUAAUCAUUAAAUAUGUUAUUUUAAAGUUGUAACAUAAUGUAAUAUGAAAAUAUUGCAUAUUGAAUUUAAAAAAAAAAAGACUUUUUCAUUCAUCACCUCAAUUAUCUUGUAGAGCUUUCAUUAUUUUCCUAUCAGUGGCAUUUUCCUCACAGGUGGGCAAUUUGAAGGUUAUGGAGGUACAUUUAGUAUUAGUAGGAAAUAUAUUUACAUGACAAAAUGGUGGUAGGGGGGGGGGAGUCAGACAAGACAGAAGGACAUUAAACCUUUUAGGUGCUCUUAUUAAGUGUGUGUGCAAAAAAAAUGUUGGAAAACACUGAUGCAGAACUAUUUUGAUACCAAUAAUUAUUUAUACAUCCAUCUGCCCGAAUUGAAGUUCUCAUACUUACAUUCUUGCUUGCAUACAUCAUCUGUACUUUAGUCAAGAUUCUAAAUACCUGCUCUAGUAAAUGUUUACUUGACAAUGUGUUCCCCCAAUGAUAGAUUUGUUGUUUUAUUUUGCAGGGGUUAUGAAUAAACAAGAAGUCAUCUAUCAGGGGAGUUAUCAGAGUGUGCUAGCUGGAAAAUUUGUGUUUACAGGGAAUUUUUUUCUUUUCUCAAUUGCUUAUUUUGUUUAAUAAAAUUUCAUCAUUUAAUUUCAUCAAUUUGAGAUUUAAACAUAUUUUUGUUGUUAUUUUUCCCCGAUGUAUUUUUGUUUGUAAAUUUAAUCAUAUUCAUAUACAGAAAUGGCAUUGUGACGAAAUAGAUCUGCCACAUCACUAACUCUGUUUCGGUCCCAAAUAAAGUACUGGGAAAGUCAGUUUUCUGCCCCAUAUAAAUUAGUAUGUUUUGAUAUCUGUUUAUAUGAAAAAGAACUCUACAAAACAAAAGGUAGUAUUUGUAGAGCUAUCAAAUUAAACUUCGCGUUUUUUUAAAUUAGAUUUCAAAUUGUGAUCAGGACUUCUAAAAGAAUUGUUAACAUUGCAUGGUUCUGAUCAUGAAGACAGCAUUUAACUGUUUAAGAAUUGCAACCAAAUUAUUUUACCUUCAAUUUAAACUUUACACAGUAAGGUGUACCAGAUAAUUACUUAUUAUAAAAUGUGUUCUAUUUUCAAUAUUUUAUUCAAUUUUUAAAAUAUUUGUUUUUUACCUAAAUAUCGGUAUGGGUAAUAAUUUUUUGAAACAUGGGAACUUAUUUUAUUUUAUUGUCUUUUUGACCUAUCACAAAUAGGUGGCAAUGAAUUAUUUCAAUCUCAUAUAAAUAUUUGUUUUAAAAAAGUAUCACACAGAACAAAAAAAAAAUAUUUUUUUUUUUUAAAUUGACUUAACAAACUUGUCCUAUCCUGUUCUCAGUACUGAAAAAAUUAGGCCAAGCUCCUUGUAAAAUAUAAAAUUUAGUUUAUUUAGAGUCAAUUGAAAUAAAAACUAAUGAUUUUCUAUUAUGUUAUUAAAUAAAUUUUAAUUAUCAUCUCCAUCAUUGAAUAAAGUAAAAGAUCAGUAAUUUAAUUUCUUAUCUUAAAUUUGUUGGAACUAAGAAUGUGUCAAUACUCUUUACAUUCCUCUUAUCAAGCAGUUUUAACUAGUUAAAGUUAAACUUAAAAAAUCCAUACAAGACAUUUUUCGCCACAGUUAGGUAUCAGAACACGUCAGAGGUCAAAUAGGCAUUCUAUUUUUUUUAAACAUAUUAAGGAUAAAAAAAAAUUCCAGUUUUAAUUAUAAACCUUCCAAAUCCCAUUAUAACCAGGGAUAAGAAUGUCAUAAUGAGACUAGACAAAGUCUUCCAUCGAAGACAAGUUUAAAAAGUAUACAAAUAAUUUAAAAUCUCUUAAAACGUUUUACGCAAAGAAAUCUAUUAUUAAUUGGUCCAUCUUAUUAAUUUUAUUCAUUGUCUUCAAAAACUUUCAACAUUGUUAUUUGGAGCAAAUGAUAAUAAAAGUUUUCAGAUUAGAUGAGAAUUGAGAAUUUGAAUAGAGAGUUCAUUCUUUUCUCUGGAUAAAUGUGCACAAAUUAUAUUGACAAUGGCGGUAAACAUUCACAUAGUUUUUUCUUUACCCUAUAUGACAUAUUGUCUCUGCCUGCUCUUGCCCUACGGAAAAAAUCUCAGAAUUUCUCGAUGGCAUCUUCCAGUCUUUAUUAACUACUUUACCCAGAUAUAUUAAGGACACCAACCGCACUUUAAAAACCUUUAACUCCUUAAACAUGUCCCCCUAAUGCAAAACAUCUGGGUUUUUUUACUUGAUAGAUACUCCUCGUACACUUCAAUUUCUCAUGCUGGCUGUCUUAAGACUUUGAGAGUUUUCCUCGAAAACAAACCACAUCCGUCAAUUCAUACUGACACCCUUAUCCGACCAGCUGAACUAGUACUUUGUAGUACCCUUCCUCAAUUCUUUGGGAUUUAAUAGUCAUUUCUUUGUCCAGAUGAGUGGUGUGGCCAUUGGUACCAAAAUGUCUUUUUUUGGGGUCACGUUGAUUAAUGGUAGAGAAUGCAUAUACAGUUAUACAGCUCAUAUCCCAGAAAUUUACAAAAGAUACAUUGAUGAUGCUGUUGCCAUCACUACCAUGGAAACAAGUAAACUCCAACAAUCUUAUUGAUUUUCUAAACUCAUUCCACCCAUCUCUUAAAUUUGCUUCAUAAAUCUCUAAGAAUUCUGUAAUUUUUUUACAUGGUCUUUACCCCAGAGCUGACCUAUAGGAUGUGCGAUCUGUGCCCUCGCACAGGGCGCUGUGGCCAAAGGGGUGCCUAGGGUGACCAUUAAAUAUUUAAAUAAGCUUAGUUUAUUGUAAUGAAGUGCGAACCUCGGGUCCGGGGUCAAGAAAUGGUAUUCUAACUUUAUGCACAAUCGCUUUUCAUACAAUGAAAAUAGCAUUCUUAAUUUGGAUACUAGCACUGGGGUUGGUAUUUCCUUGUCCCUCUUACAAUUAUUUCAGCAGAAAGAAUAUGGGGAAUAAAAAGCUUUCCGGGGCGCAAAAGCACAAAGCAGAAAAAAUAUGUCGUAAUCAGAGAAAGAGCGGA